CCUGAGCGUGACCCAGCUGUACCGGAGCAGUAGCACAACCUCUCCGUCUCCGAGUAAGAGAGAAGAGAGAACUCAAAAAAAAAAAUUCCCAAAAUCAAAUCAAAUCCAUGGCUAAGAAAGGUAUCCCAGAGUGGCUCAACAGUUCUCUAUGGUCUUCCUCUCCUCCUCCUCCUCUCGUCGACGAUCGUCUCCUCCGCAAUCCUCCCGCUACUUCCGUCACACCUCCAUCUCCUCCGAUCGUCGAGCGUCCGCCUCUUUCUUCCUCUCCAUCCACGAUUUCCACUGCACCAGCUCCUCCUUCCAAAUCUGAGGUUAACGAUUUGCAGAAUGGGACCGGUAAUGAUGGAGCUGGAAGCGAAACUCCGGCAGCUACUUCGGUUGAGGAUGUUUCUCGAAAAGCCCAAGUCGUGGCUGAGUUAUCGAAGAAGGUGAUAGACUUGAAGGAAGUGAGGAAAAUAGCUUCUCAAGGUUUACCUGAUGAUGCUGGGAUUCGCUCCCUUGUCUGGAAGCUUUUACUGGAUUAUCUGUCACCGGACCGCUCCCUGUGGUCUUCUGAGUUAGCUAAGAAAAGGUCGCAGUACAAGCAAUUUAAAGAGGAGCUUUUGAUGAACCCUUCAGAAGUAACAAGGAAAAUGGAUAAAUCAAAGGGCGGGGAGAGUAAUGAGCCGAAAAUCGAAAGCCCUGGUGCCCUUUCAAGGUCAGAUAUUACUCAUGAAGAUCAUCCCUUAAGUCUUGGAACAACAAGCGUAUGGAAUAAUUUUUUCAAGGACACAGAAGUCUUGGAACAAAUUGACCGUGAUGUGAUGCGUACUCAUCCAGACAUGCACUUUUUCUCUGGGGAUUCAGCGGCUGCAAAAGCUAAUCAGGAUGCAUUGAAGAACGUGUUGACUAUCUUUGCAAAGUUGAAUCCUGGCAUCAGAUAUGUACAAGGGAUGAAUGAGAUAUUGGCACCUAUUUACUACAUCUUUAAAAACGACCCAGAUAAAGGAAAUGCAGCGUUUGCUGAAUCAGAUGCAUUUUUCUGUUUUGUUGAAUUGAUGAGUGGGUUUAGAGAUAACUUCUGUCAACAACUUGACAACAGUGUUGUGGGUAUACGCUACACUAUAACAAGGCUGUCGUUGCUCUUGAAGCAUCAUGAUGAGGAACUUUGGCGUCAUUUAGAAGUCACAACUAAAAUAAAUCCGCAAUUUUAUGCGUUCAGAUGGAUCACACUCCUAUUGACUCAAGAGUUCAACUUCGUGGAAAGCCUUCACAUCUGGGACACACUCUUAAGCGACCCCGAAGGUCCUCAGGAGACGCUACUACGGAUAUGUUGCGCGAUGUUGAUUCUAGUUCGAAGGCGUUUGCUUGCGGGAGAUUUUACGUCGAACCUCAAACUUCUGCAGAACUAUCCUCCUACAAACAUCAGUCAUAUGCUCUAUGUGGCAGACAAAUUACGCGCUAAAUAAAGUCUUGAGCACUCCAUUACCUCCAUAUAAACUUUGUGCUGUACAUUAUCGUGUAAGAUAAUUUUAGCUGCCUGAGAAAAUCUCUCAGAUCAAAUCCUGCUUCAGUAAUGUUAAAGACUCUGAUGGUAUUGGUGUGUAACAGAGAUAUAAUUAGAGAGAGAGUUUUAGGAUCCGUCUUUCUUAUAUUUAUGCUUUGAUCAAUUCACAAAACUUUCUUGGUUUGAUUUGGUAAAUGAUUUGAUUAAAAAUAA